AUGAAAAUGACCACAGCAGCCGCCUUCACAGCCGCCAAAGUGGCGGCCAAUGUGGCGGCUGUGAAGGCGGCUGUUGAUGAAAAUGGCGGAAUUGCCUUGGAAGAUCUGGAGGCAACCCUUAGAAAGCACGCCAAAAACGCGUGCAUUAAUGCCCAGGUGAAGUGCACCAUGUCGUUACGACCUAAGGCGCUGGACUUCGAUGAAGUGUGGAUGCGACUAGAGGAAAGUUGUGAUCGAGUGCUCACUUUACAAGCUGUUGACAAAACCGUCUGGAAUGAUCGCUUCAUGGAUGUGUAUUCAUUAUGCGUCGCCUACCCUGAGCCGUAUUCCGAGAAACUCUAUCAUCACAUGCGAGGAUUCUUCGAAAAUCACGUGAAAACGCUGUAUAGCGUUGUUGCUUCUGCGGACCAAGAUAAUCUGUUGAACGUAUUUCAUCAAUACUGGAUUAAUUAUAGUUGCGGCGCGGCGUACCUCAAUUGCAUGUUUUUGUAUCUGAACAAUCAGUUCGUCAAGAAGAUGAAGAUUUAUUCCGCUGAUCUGCUCUAUGGAAGCCACGACAAUGCUGAAGUGAUCAUGGAAAUAGGAGAGCUAGCGUUAGAUGCAUGGAAAAAGGGUGUUACGAAUCCUUUACGCAAAAAACUGUCCCAUCUGCUUCUUGAAGCCAUCGAUGAUGAUCGGCUAGGUCGUCCAGGGUCAGUCCGUGAGAGCAUAAUAUGUGAUAUUAUUCAUUCUUUCGUGAGAGUGGAGAGUGAUGAUCGACCCAUGGAGCUCUACAAGGAGGUCUUCGAAACCGCGUUCUUGCAAAGAACCGCAACUUACUAUGCCGAGGCUGGAAGCCGUCUUAUUCAAGAAUGCUCAGUCUCGGAAUACAUGAAGAAAGUGACCCAAAUGAUCGCCGAUGAGACUGCGAGAGCACAGAAGUUCCUGCAUCAAGUGUCUCACGCGAAAGUCACUGAAGAAUGUCAACGCCAUUUAGUUGGAGCCCACCUUGAGCUUUUCCACUCAGAAUGUCCUGCCAUGAUUCAACAAGACAGGAGGAAAGAUUUAUCUAUGUUGUACAAUCUUCUUAAACCUAUUCGCGGUGCCCUGCAUCCAGUUGCUCAGGAGCUCAGAAUACACAUCGAAUCCGCUGGAUUAGAUUCAAUCAAAGGCCUACAAGGGGAUGGUGUUCCCGGUGGUUUCGUUGAGAGCUUGCUCGAAGUUCACGACAGAUACAGUUUGAUGAUAAAGGAAGUGUUCUUCGCAGACCAGGUUUUCACUGGUGCAUUGGAUAAAGCCUUCAGUAAUAUCAUCAAUUUACGUAUAGACUCAAAGGCUCCUUGUCGAAGUCCGGAAUUGCUGGCGAAAUAUUGCGAUUUAUUGCUCAAGAAGUCAAGUAAGAGCUCCGCUGUUAAUUCAGGGACAUCAUCAGUCAAUUCUCCUACUUACGGUGUCCCAACCCCGUCUGUGCCUCUGGUUUUGAACACGGAGUUCGAAAUCGAAGAUAAACUUUCUAAGUCGAUCACGCUUUUCAAGUACCUCGAUGACAAGGACGUUUUUCAGAAGUUCUACUCGAAGAUGAUGGCGAAGCGUUUGAUUCAUCAGCUCUCGGUUUCCAUGGACAUGGAAGAAGCUAUGAUCAAUAGAUUUAAGCAAGUCUGUGGUUAUGAGUUCACCAACAAACUACAUCGAAUGUUUACUGACAUGUCCUUGUCUGCUGACCACAACGCGAAGUUCAAUGACUUCUUGAAGAAAAAGGAUGAUGUUGUUCUUCCAUUAGGAUUUCAUAUAUACGUUUUGCAAGCUGGUGCGUGGCCGUUGUCGAAUAGUAGCACGAUUCAGUUAUUGUUACCGCCGGAUUUGGCUCGUUGUGUUUCCCUGUUCGAAGAAUACUACCAAACACGAUUCAGUGGAAGGAAGCUCACUUGGCUUUACAACAUCGCGAAUGGCGAACUGAAGCUGAACUAUCUGAAGCGGCAGUACAUGGUUACCAUGGGGGUUUGUCAAAUCGCGCUGAUGCAGCCUUUCGAACGCGCUUCGAGUAUAACGCGUCAUGACCUGAUGCAAGAAACUCUGCUUGAAGGAGAACAGUUCGAUCGACAGCUGUCGUCUCUAGUCGAUGUGAAACUUCUGACUUCCAGUGGUGAUGUGAGGGAUUUUCCAGAUUUACUUUGCUCCACUUCAUCUAUCAGUGAUUUUCUAAGGUUGGAAUUUUGGAAUCCCAGCGAUCCUUCUGCGGUCAUCAGUUUGAACAUGGACUACUCCAAUAAACGAACGAGGUUCAAGAUAACUGCUGUAAGUCAAAAGGAAACCCCUCAAGAAAUCGAGCAGACGCGUGCCUCGGUUGAAGAGGAUCGCAAACUUUAUUUGCAAGCUGCGAUUGUGAGAAUUAUGAAGUCCCGGAAAGUUAUGCGUCACAAUGCGUUGAUCGAGGAGGUGAUAAAUUACGCGAAAGGACGCUUCAAUCCGUCAAUCAACAUGAUCAAAAAGUGCACCGAAACUUUGAUCGAAAAGCAGUAUAUCGAACGGAGUGCCGAGGCUGCCGACUCAUACUCCUAUAUUGCUUGAAUUGUUGGCUUGGUUGCAUGGAACUGAUAUUUUCAUCUGGUUCAACAAGUGCGCUGUUUCGCCCCCUUUGGUUGGCUGAAAGAGUGCUUUGCAACUUCCGAAAAUGGAGACAGCUCGUGAGACGUUGCAAAUGAAUUUAGAGAAUUCAAGGUUUUUCCCCUCCACAGGGUCCGUCGGCGUGUUCGAGUUGUUUAUCUAACAUUUUUGCAUGUUUUUUUUAAGACCUUAAACUUUGGUUUGCGUUGUUCAGUGCAAUUCUAUAUUACCACUUGGUCAAGAAAACUCUGUUUCUGGUUUGUUCGUCCCGUCCGUUUUUGUUUUACUUCGAGUCUUACCUACAUGCCAUUGGAUACGCAACCGAUUUUUCGGCGGAAGAGUAUGUUAUGUAGUUCCUUUUUUUUAAUGAAAGCCUAGAAGAUGGGCGUCGGUUGACGACUGUGUGACAGAACAUGGAGGUGUGAGAAUUC